CAUCGAUAGCUCUACACUCGGCCUACGCCUCUAUCGACUCGUUCCGGCUCCGCUCACCGUCCUGGACCUCGGCGGAGCGCAGAGCCGCGUGUAAGGUACGGAGGCCGCGGAACGAGAGCUCGAAGGCGGCUUCCAGUGGCCGGGAGAGUGCGCCCGGGGGAAGCUGCCUUAGCGGGACGGAGUCAAGACGGUCGGCGGAGCACCGGGGGCUCGCGGGUCCAGAUGCUCUGAUCUUUGACCCCUGCCGGUCAGACCUAGGGCCCUGUGUAGGUCCGAGUCUUUCAAGCAGCCACACCAUGAACACGUCUCCAGGCACGGUGGGCAGUGACCCUGUCAUCUUGGCCACUGCAGGCUAUGACCACACAGUGCGGUUCUGGCAGGCCCACAGCGGGAUCUGUACCCGAACCGUACAGCACCAGGACUCCCAGGUGAACGCACUGGAGAUCACACCCGACCGUAGCAUGAUUGCUGCUGCAGGUUACCAGCACAUUCGCAUGUAUGAUCUCAACUCCAAUAAUCCCAACCCCAUCAUCAGCUACGAUGGGGUCAACAAGAACAUCGCGUCUGUGGGCUUCCAUGAGGAUGGCCGCUGGAUGUACACUGGUGGCGAGGACUGCACGGCCCGGAUCUGGGACCUCAGGUCCCGGAACCUGCAGUGUCAGCGGAUCUUCCAGGUGAACGCGCCCAUUAACUGCGUGUGCUUGCACCCCAACCAGGCGGAGCUCAUCGUGGGUGACCAGAGCGGCGCCAUCCACAUCUGGGACCUGAAAACUGACCACAACGAGCAGCUGAUCCCGGAGCCCGAGGUCUCCAUCACGUCUGCCCACAUCGACCCCGACGCCAGCUACAUGGCGGCAGUCAACAGCACUGGGAACUGCUUUGUCUGGAAUCUGACCGGGGGCAUUGGCGACGAGGUGACACAGCUCAUCCCCAAGACCAAAAUCCCAGCCCACACCCGCUACGCCCUGCAGUGCCGCUUCAGCCCAGACUCCACGCUCCUUGCCACCUGCUCGGCUGACCAGACGUGCAAGAUCUGGAGGACGUCCAACUUCUCCCUGAUGACGGAACUGAGCAUCAAGAGCAGCAACCCCGGAGAGUCCUCCCGAGGCUGGAUGUGGGGCUGCGCCUUCUCGGGGGACUCCCAGUACAUCGUCACUGCUUCCUCUGAUAACCUGGCCCGGCUCUGGUGCGUGGAGACGGGCGAGAUCAAGAGAGAGUACGGCGGCCACCAGAAAGCUGUCGUCUGUCUGGCCUUCAACGACAGUGUGCUGGGCUAGCCUGUGUGCCCUUGGGAUUGUGGGCGGCCGCCCCGAUGGCACCCGCAGGAUGUGUCCGUCCAGCUGCCCAGGUCAGCCUAGGCCAGCUGGACCUGACUGACCUGCCCCGGCCCCCUCGGCCAGACCCGCCGGGCCCAAUCGGUCCGCCCUGGGACCCUCCAGCCCCGGCUGCCUCUCCGGAUGUGCCCGGGCUCAGGAGACCCACCCCAGCCACCGGCGUUCCCUUCGGAAAUUCCGGACCCACAAGGCCUAGAGCUCCGGAGAGGGAUCGGAGGCGCCUGCCCGUCCCCAAACCAGCGCCUCCCCCUUUCCUUCCUUGCCCCUCACUUGUCCCCUGAGGCCGCAGACAACACCAUCAUGGCUGCUGGAGUGGUUUAUUAGUGCUGCCGGUGGUCGCCCUGUCUGGGACUGGUGACAGGGCCAGCCAGGCGCUUAGUCCGGGAGGUAAUAAAAGCAGACUGACACGCAGAUGCUGCUCGGGAAGCAGAUGUCAAUGCACAGGUAGAGGAGCCGCUGCCUCCGGGGCCCUGGGGGGAGGGGCCUCCAUGAACCCCAGGGCCUCCUCCCCCCGGCCCCUCCCGCGGAGCCUGGGCCUCUCCUUGCAGCCUGCCCCACUCACCCUCUGCUCGUCGAGCCCAGUAAAUGGGGGUCUCUGCACAAAGGCGCUGCACGGGAGCCCCCACCUGGGCAGGGUCCACCUCAUGGUUCCCAAGCACUGCCAGCAGCUCCUGGGUGUAGCGGGUGUCCCGGCCGGGGCUGCGAGGCCAGUGGGGCUGCAGAGAGGGACACGUGCGCUGCCCCCGGCUGAGUAGGACCCGUGCCUCCCUGGAUGUGCUGGCGGCGUGCCAGCCCUGCCCCAGUUCUUGUCAGCAGCCUCAACCAGGGAAGACAGAGCUUCUGUUCCCCUGAAACUGGAGCCCCAGACACCCCAGGCCCCGGCUGUACACAGGACCCUUUGUCUGGCCCCUGACCCAAGGCGCCUUACCUGGGAGGAAUUCACCAGCAGCUGCAGGGCCUCGCGAUCGCGGGGUUCCAUCAGGUGGAGGAAGCAGGCCCGGGGCUCCGAGGGGCGGUAACAGACACAACCCUGGGGAGGUGGACGGUGAGGCGGGGCCAGGACCUCCCCAGGCGGUGACCCCCACUCCCCCCAGCCCACUCACGCUCUGCCCGUCCAGCAGCACUGUCCAGCUGUGGUUGCUCUCAGCCGGGGUCACUGUGAUGGUCACCACUUUCCUGGCCACGUCCACCUGUUCAGUUUGGUUGGAUCGGGGUCCCCUGGGGCUCGGGAGGGUCGGACGGAGCAUCUGUAGCGUUGGCUGAGAGUGGGAACCUGGGGCUCAGCGGGGCCGGCUGGGGCCACCUCCGGUCUUGCUAUGGGGGUUCUGACCCCUUCACCCCCCUGGGCCUCCAGCUGUCCGCUCGGAGCCUUGGCUCUGCCAGGGGGGCUGCGACAUGCUAGCUUCUCCUCCCCCCUCCCCCUGGCUCUGCCGCUGCCCUCAUCCUGAGGUCAGGCUCACCUUGGGAGGGCUGUGAGCAAAGCCGAGAAGCCCUCCAGCCAUGGCCCCCGCGGUGGCCAGUGCCAGCAGCAGCAGCAGCAGCAGGCGGGGAGCCUUCCCACCCGCAUGGCAGGGCGUGGUCUUCACCUGCAGGCACACUGCUGUCAGACGGGCCUGGAGCAGACCCGGCCACCGGCUGGCUCGGAAGGCAGGGGCUGACGGGGUAUGGGAGGCAGGUGCCGCACUCCAGUCCCCUGCUUAGGACAGGCCGCGAGUCCUUGUCCCAGGACAGGGCACUGGGUGGUGGGAGGCACUCACACUGACAAGCCCGGGGCCUUCCGCCCGGCUGCUCCCCUGCUCCAUGCUGCAGCCCUGGAGACAAUGCGCUGAUUGUCUGGCACCCCUUGGAGUCAGACCGGAAGCCUCAGGACGCCUCCUGAUGAGCCAAACAAUCGUCCUGGCCCUCUCCCCUCCUGACCCCGCUGCCUCCUUCCCGGCAGAGCUACCUGAUAUCCAGGUGAGACACCUGGGGGGGAGGGGGUGCUUGUCAUCGCGCCUGGCUCUCCUGCCACUUGGCCCGUGCAGACCACAGAGCAUCUGGGCCUGUGGCAAUCAAGCCCUGGUGGCUGGCACAGAAAGCGGCUCCGGCCUGGCCAGGACUUUAUAUGUAUGGAGCGUCUGGUGUAGGGCAGGCUGAACCUUUCCUAAGGAAGCCCGUUUCUGGUUUCUUGGGUUGUAUCUGCACCCCCGGACUGGGCACAGGGCUGAGCCCACGGCACACCAAGGGCCUGUUUGGUGAAUGACUGGGUACAGCCCUCCGCCCCUUCUCCUCCCCAUGCGCCCCAGCUGCUUCCCAGCCCCCACCAACACAGGACAGGCUGCUGGGCAGCCACAGGUGCUCACUUGUGAAAAGCAUGGCUCCCACUAGGUUCCGCUGCAGUUAAGGGCAGCCUGCGGGGACGUGCUGCACGCCUGGGACGCUUAAGCCAGCCUCUGCCCACCCGCCCCUUUGCAGGGCAGCUUUCUCGAACUUAAUACCGUAUGUUUCCAGCUGCCUGAUGCUGUGGAUUGCAAGUUACCGCCCUGGCACUGGCAGCUUUGAGAACAUGCCUGUCCCCCGCCAGCUUCACCCCGUGGCCCUUUCCUGCUCUGGUUUUCUUUUUUUUUUUUUUUUGUCUUUUUGUUGUUGUUGUUGUUGCUAUUUCUUGGGCCGCUCCCGCGGCAUAUGGAGGUUCCCAGGCUAGGGGUCGAAUCGGAGCUGUAGCCACCGGCCUACGCCAGAGCCACAGCAACGCGGGAUCCGAGCCGCGUCUGCAACCUACACCACAGCUCACGGCAACGCCGGAUCGUUAACCCACUGAGCAAGGGCAGGGACCGAACCCGCAACCUCAUGGUUCCUAGUCGGAUUCGUUAACCACUGCGCCACGACGGGAACUCCUGCUCUGGUUUUCUUUUGUGCCUUGUUUUCCCUGCUUGUGCAGGACCUGCUCUGCAGUGGGCCUGAGAUGGAGUGGCUGUGGUGAGCAUCCCAAAUCUGGAACUGGAAUUCCAGAACGGUCUUGUACAGAGUGUAACCCCAGCCCCUCCCCGAGAGACAGCUGCACCCUCUGCAGAGGCUGCUUGCUGUCCAGGCAAGAGCAAGGAACACCAGAGUCAGCUCAGGUCUCAGAGUUUAAUAUACCUUUGGGUUCACACAGUGCAACAGGGGUGGAGACAGGGUGCAGAGAGUUCCUGGGCUGCUGCCCAGCAGAAGAGGGAGCUGUCGCUGGCUGCUGCACCUGCCACGUGCUCCUGGUGUGGGUGACAACGCCCUGACAGGCCUGCUCAAUAUCCAGACCCACCUUGAGCCGACCUCGCAGAGCCAACGUCAGCACCACCAACCUCACAGGUGCUGGCUGCCCUCACGUUGCCCACCGCCACAUCAGAACCCCAGGCACGCAGACCUGGGAAGAGCUGAAGGCUCGGGACACCCUUUAUUGCUCUGAGAACUCUUAAAAGACUGAGUGAAGGGCCACUGUGACCCUGGGGUGGUGGAGAAGCCACAGGCUGCAGGCAGACACCGCUGGGUGCAGGGCGAGGCACCCGGAAGGAGUCGGCCAAAAGGAACAACCUCCCAGGCCCUACCCUACAAGUGUGGCUGGAGUCUGCUCAUCAGGCCUAUUCUCGAAGGUCAGCAACUUACGGAACAGGGAGAAAAGUCCACAGCCCCCUGCCAAGAACCCUUGGCUAGCCAGUGGAUCCUGCCAGUCCUCCAGCUGGCCACUGACAAGGGACUCCAGGGUCAAGAUAGGUGGCCUCGUGGACCACUGACAUAUAACACGUAUCCCAACCAAGGGUACUAGAAGACAGGAAGAGAUUGGAUGCUUCGUAAAAAGACUUCCUGUUUGAGGGGGACCCCUCUUUCCUAUCCCACCCAGUGGGAGCCUUGGUGGACAGGCAUUCCUUGGCCAGCACUGCUGGCUGUGGGGCACGGAAGCUUCUUCAGUGGGAUUUGCCCUACAAGACAGAGCACAGCCAUUAAUCAACACGCUUACAAUUCAAUUCCACCACCUGACAAAGUUGAAUAAAAGUUUAAUAAAAAUAA